AUAUCAUCGACUAUGUUUCGCACACAAGCCAUAAGAUCCAAGUUCCCCAAAUGGGGACAAUGGACACGAAACUUCUCGGUAUCUGCGCGCCGCGACGAAAUCAGAGACAUUGAAACCCUACCCCAGCGCUCACUGCCCGGAUACCAAGAAUCCCAUGAGGGCGAUCUCCUUUCACUCCAAUGGCCGGCACCUCCUCGAAACAUCUUUAUCGUGAAAAAGGAUUUUGCACCCUCCGUGACAGAGGCUCUUGUCGAAUUUGUCAAGUACGACCAUAAACUCCCAUACUCGCUUCAUGUAACGUCUACGUAUCCAUCAACUGCCAUUGUCCUCGAACCGAAGACCGCCGAAGAAGUACAUUCGUCCCUCCCAUUCCCCGUUUACUCGACAAAGUUUGAUAAGAAACCGUCGGCAUUACAUGAUAAAGUGGACCUUACUGUUACACUUGGGGGAGAUGGGACUAUUUUACGGGCAUCAUCACUUUUCGCAACAUGUAACAAUGUGCCGCCAGUGCUAUCAUUUGGCAUGGGAACCCUGGGAUUCUUGAGCGAAUGGAAAUUUGCCGAGUACAAGCGUGCCUUUCGAGAAGUAUACAUGUCCGGGGCUGGAGUAGGCGAUCGUGCCCCUGUCCUUGAAGGCCCUCAAGCAACCCUUGCGGAGGAUGAUGCGGAAACACAGACAGACCAAACUGGCUGGUCAUCAGUGCGGGGGAAAUCCAUGGGCGCUACACGCGGGGCGCGCAUAUUGAUGCGAAAUCGCCUGAAGGUGGGCCUUUUCACGACAGACGGAAAGCCAGUGGGACAACAUUCAGAGCCCGUACCAUCGCAGGGAACUCUCGGGGCCCAGGGGACGUAUGUGAUGAACGAGGUGCUGAUUCACCGGGGUAAAGAGCCGCAUUUGGCGGUGGUCGAGGUGUUUGUCGGAGGACGCUUCCUUACGGAGGCGGUAGCUGAUGGGAUUAUCAUUUCGACGCCAACUGGGAGUACGGCAUAUAGUUUGAGUAGUGGUGGGAGCAUCGUUCAUCCCUUAGUGCCGUCGGUUCUGUUGACACCGAUUUGUGCGCGCAGUCUCAGCUUCCGGCCGCUGGUUCUGCCAUCGAGUACACCAAUCACGCUGCGACUUAGCGAGAAGAAUCGCGGACGGGAGCUUGAAGUCAGCAUUGACGGGGUCAAUCUGGGCCAAGGAAUGGCCGUCGGGAUGGAGGCACGGGUAUGGAACGAGGUGAUGCGGCACGGCAAGAACAACUGGUCCGGCGGCGUACCGAGCGUCAUGCGACGGAUCAUGGGUGAAGAGGCUCACGAAGGCUGGGUGGGUGGCUUGAACGGAUUACUGAAGUUCAACUACCCUUUUGGCGAAGAGCAGCCCUAAUAGACCAAGACUGACUCGCACGUGAAUGGCCCGAGGUCGCUUUGUAUCCUGAGGCAUCUACAACGGCACAGCGGCCAAUGAUCGAUCCCGGCUCCCAGCCACCGACAACUGGAGCUCAGCUUGUCUUAGUUUCAGCUCGAUGUAUUUAUUUUAUAUUGCUUGCGCAAUGCACGGACGGAUGCUGGUUUUUUCAUCCUUUCUCCUGUGUUUUGCAUCGACUCCAGACGCACAUUCCCACGCCAUUGCAUCGGAAUUUUGACGUUGGAUCGUUGUUUACUUGUUGAUAUAUCUUGCCUGUCUUAUUAUUGUACAUUUUGACCUCAUACUACCGAGUACUAUCACAGAGUACUACUAGUACAGACACCGCCAAUUCCCAGUUCACCGUACUUAAUUGUACAACGCCUGCCACGCAGGAAUAAUUUAUACAUACAUAUCCACUGUGGAGAAUAAG